AUGAACAGUCAAGCUAGAAGUCUGUUGAUGCUGGAUGAAAAUUAUGAACUGUUGUCUCUUGAUGCUAUGCGGAUAGGGGAUAGUGUACGAGGAGUUUGGAUAAAUGUUUUGGUUAUAUUUAUAGUCUUUAUUAAAAUUUUGAUACUUUUGUUCAGUCCUCUGUUGAUUCCAGAAAAAUUAUAUCUUAAGAAAUUCACAGCGACUGACCUUCACUUGUCACCCCUUCAUGGAAUCUUUUUGAUCUGUUACAUUGUCUUAGCCCUAGAUUCUCUGGUUUAUGGGGCUUUGACGAAAGCCUUUCAAGAAAAAUUUAAAAUGGUUUUAAGAGACUGUUUCAGAGAUAUGAAAGAGAAAUCGAAACUAGGAGUUUGUAACUGGGCGAUGAACUUGGCUUUAGUUCCUUUCGAUACUUUAGGGAUUCUUGGGUUCAUACUGGUGGUGCCUUUUUGGAUUAUCCUCUCCCCUCUAUUUAGCGUGGUGUUCAUCUUCUACUUCAUCCCAACAAUCAACCUAACGUUACGACUACUGAUACAGCUGUUCAUCUGUCUUUGUCCAGAGUCCUUCACUAUUAGAUGCAAGAUCUUCAAACAAGCGGAUUUUCGGCAGAAGGGGAAUUUGUUUAAGAAGGACCUUUUUCUACAGUUCGUUGUGAUUUUAGGUGUUAUCGUAUCAUUUUGGUCUUUAACAUUUCUGGCCAUGGAAUGUAUAUCGUUUUUCGUGGAAGUUGGCGUAUACACAUUAAUAGGAAUUAUUAUUAAUGCUGACGUGACUGUUCGAUAUAUUUUUGUUAUAUUCUUGCUAGUUUUAUACGUUCGUGAUUGUUUUGGUAAAGUCUAUAAGAAAUAUCUUAACUUUCACAAAGUUAUUACCACAACACCAUUUUAA